UUGACACAUUGCCUCUCGUUUUCCAUAUAUUUUUAUGCAGAGACUUCCACACAGUCACUCUGUCUCCCAAACCCUUGCCAAAAUGGGGGCGAAUGCGAAGUGUCUAAUGAUGCUCCAGGUGGUUACCAAUGCAUCUGUCUUGAACCCUACGGUGGUCGCAAUUGCACCAUUGAGAACCCCACUUGUAUUGACCAGCCCUGUCUGAACGGCGGUGUCUGUGAGGAUAUGCCAAAUCGACAGUUCAAGUGCUUUUGCCGUCCUGGCUUCGCGGGUAGGCCACUGGACUCCUCACUUGGUUACAUGCACGAAGUGGAAGUAUGUUGCGACGCUAUUUUUUCUUUUGCAGGUUUAAGGUGCGAAUUUGAGGACCCCUGCCUGGUGAAACCCUGCAAAAAUGGAGGUAUAUGCUUCUCUAACAACCUUGGAAAACGGGAGUGUCAGUGUCCAGCUGGUUUCACGGGCGAGGAUUGCAGUGUGGAUAUAAACGAAUGCGAGGUCGAAGAAAGAUCUCCCUGCGAACCAAAUGGCAUCUGCAUUAAUGAGGCGAGAAUUACUGCUUUUUGCAGAGUUUUAUUUAAAUUUAGCCUUAUAAUUGCAGCCAUCUUAAUGCAUUCUUGGCCAAUGCCUGGAGGAUAUCGAUGCGAGUGUUUAGACGGCUACACAGGAGUCCGGUGUGAAAUUUUUGUGCCAAGCUGCGAAUCCAAUCCCUGUAAGAACGGCGGCGUCUGUAAGGACAGAGGGGACCAUUUUGAGUGCCUCUGCCCACUUGGUGAGUCCCUGAAAUGGCACCAAGGCAGCUAUAAUGGCGGUGGUAGAAGCAGCCAGUAUGAGAUGUGCCAAAACGAUACAUACAAAGUGAUGAUAGGAUGA